AUGUCACGCGAAAUGGCGCUUGUAGCAUACAGAAACCUCUUGCGCUCGACCCGCAUUGCCUUCCAGGGCGACAUCAACGUUCUUUCUGCCGCCCGCGCCGAGGUCCGCAAGAACUUCGAAUCCAACCGCAGUCUAUCCGCUGGGAGCGAAGAGUAUACAAAGCAAAUCACACAUGCCGAGGAGGUGGCAAAGUUCUUGCGCGAGAAUGUCGUUCAAGGGCAGGCGACAGACGCAGGCAAAUAUCGUGCGUCUUCAGUGGUCAAAAAUAUAUCGAGCGCAGACCGGCUAACAUGUGGUGGCAGAGCUACGGAUACACGAACACACGGAGCGAGGGGAUAA